AAGUUAGCAUCACUAAAUCUACUCACCAGCUUUGAGUCUGAAACAAUAGUUUUCUCAGUGUAUGACACUGAGCUAAAUCUAUAUAUUGCCUGUGUCUAUAAUACCAAUCAGUGGGCCAUCACCUAUCCUGGUACAGCUACUCCAAAACAAGGUAGAAGGCAGCUUCUCAAGCUCCAUUUUUUUUUCUGUAAAGAAACGACCUGUGAAUUGUGUUCAUGGCCCAAGUCAUGUAAAAGGCUGCCUUUGUUGUUUAGAUUAAAGAGCUGAGUUAGCUAUAUGAAUGUAGAGCCAAGAUUAGUUGAGUAUCAAUUUUUGUUGUUGGCAUCCUAUUGCCCAUAAUACCAUAUAUUUUGUAUCACAAACAUGGUGAGUCAUCUCAUGGCCAUGCCCAAAAAAAGAUACAUUUUGCUGCUGCUGUGUUUUGGUGGCGUUUCUUCAUUUUUGCUCUUGCAAAACAAGAGCUUCUUGAAGACCCCUGAGUAUGAACCUGGAGAUAUUGAAACUACUGUACAUUGCAAGUCAAACCUUGUGGACCGGCGUCAUGUGGUGCCCCCCGCGGCCGCCGACACCAGCACCAUCUACGUGGUAACGCCGACCUACCGGCGCGUGGAGCAGGUGGCCGAGCUGACGCGCCAGGGGCAGACGCUGCUGACCGUGCCCGACAUCGUCUGGAUGGUGGUCGAGGACGCUGACGCAUGCUCGCCGGUGGUGGCCGCCCUGCUCGACAGGUUCGGCAUACCGUACGUGCAUCUGGCCAGCGCCAUGCCGGCCCGGUACCGAGGGCUCAGCAUCCUGCCACGAGGCGUGUCCAACCGACGGGCGGCGCUCAAGUGGCUGCGCGCCGCCUCACCCCUCGGCGUGAUGUACUUCCUGGACGACGACAACACCGUCGACAUCCGGCUGUUUGAGCAAAUUCGCCACACGCAGAAGGUGUCCAUGUUCCCGGUGGGCCUGAUGGAGCAGUUUCUGGUCAGUUCGCCUGUCAUCCGAGAGGGCAAAGUGACGGGCUUCUUCGACAGCUGGCCAGCCGGCCGCCAGUUCGCGGUGGACAUGGCCGGCUUCGCCCUGAAUCUGCGUGUUGUGCUCGCCAGCAGCGGCACCAUGCCCUACCACCCCGGCUAUGAAGAGGACAAGCUGCUGCAGAACCUCAACGUCAAUGUACACGACAUCGAACCACUGGCCAACCUGUGCACGGAGGUGCUGGUCUGGCACACAAAGACGAAGAAACACAAGCCCACCAAUCUGCUUGCUGAAGUGAGAAGAUACGAAAACAGCAACAUCGGAUCAUUGUACGAACAUAUGCAGGCGACGGCGAUGGCAGUCGCGUGAGGUGGUGUUCGCGAGACUCCGCGAGGGGUCGGCUGACUCGGGGAGGCGUGGCGCUGCCCGCAUCGGACGGCGCCAACCCUCCGCGGCGGGGUCACUGGACGAACAUACUGGUGCAACGGAGCGAACCAGAGCGCACGUGAAGGACUGUCAUGGUGACAGGGUGAUGCGAAUCUAGUCCAUGUGACUGUCUUGAGCUUGCUCAUUUCUGGAAAUGUCUUGCGGUGAAUGUCUCUGUCUUCCCACGUAGAGCUUAUCGCAAACGUCAGUUGCUUAGUUGAAGGCGAGCAUCUAUUGCACAUGUGUAUGGCUGGACAUGCAAUUUGACGCUGGUUGUAUCAAAGCAUGAAGAUAUACUCCAAUCGUACUUCCAUUUGGACGAAAUCGAUACUUUUGUGUGUUGUUGAUACUUCUGUUUGCGAAGGCAACGUGCUUGUGCUCAUGGCCUCGGCUGUGCGUCACUAGUACUCCAUACCCGAUGCUGCGUAAAAGAAACGUUGCCUUGUGCUGCUGGGGAGUGUAACUACAUUGGUGCCACAUACAAGUUUAGCCUUCGAGGUCAUAAUAUAGCGUUUUUGAACUACUCCAGCGCCCGCUGCUUUUACUAACACAGUUGGACCACGGAGCUGAAGGAAUUUCCAAUGAGGAUUAAGGUGUGUGUGCAAAUGUACGAACAUGUUGGGACUGGCGGCAAAUAGGCCAUCAGGCUCGCCUUGAUAUCGCAGCGGGGCAGCUUGGGGGCGUUGACUCGCCUCGACGGCCGUCAAGUGUGAGCAUCAGCGGUAGCGACUUCGACCGAGUCGUGCCGGCGGCGUGCAGGCGUCGGCGCAGGUCGUCCCGCCAGGUCGCGGCAGUGCCUCGCAGCCCGCUGUGACGGGCAGAGGGAGCGCUGAGCUGCCUGCAGGGAGGUGAAAGGCAGCUGCGUUUUGAAUAUCCACCCCAGCAGCAGUGCUCAGACAGAGAUAGCCCCAUGACGUGCUCAAAUAUACUGACGAAUAUACUA